AUGCGUCUGCUAUCUGUCUUAACAGCUACUGUGCUCCUUGCUGUCAGUACGUUUACGGGCACGUUUGGCGUACCUGUAAGCGGGGCCGAUGUUCAAUCACAACUCUCGCAAAGAAGUGGGCUCUCUAAAAGGGCCCCACCCAUUCCUAUGGACGAAGUUGCCUAUCGUACAUGGCAAGGAAAAUUGCCGCCAAAUGUCUUCAUGCAGACAGAAAUGCCAGACCACCAAAUCAAGGCCUACGCGAAAGCUACAUACGAUAAGUUAGUAAAGAAAGCAUCGCCUAUAUUGGUAGCUGUUAUAUAG